GCUGUUUGUCCAUCCGUCGCUCCAACAAUGCAGCUUUUAAUGGUGCUGUGAGCGGUGCGAACUGAAAACGCAGCAGCAGCAUCGCAAGCUUGUUCGGAGACUGUAGUCGGAGCAAAAUCCUACACAACGAGACUUUUACGUUUUGACAAACCAACCGGAAGACUGUGCCUGAUUUUGUGGACACCCUGGACUCCUGUGCUGGGGUUCCUGUUUCAAGGAAGAAGAUUUCAGAAACCUCAUUUCUAGAGGGUUUCCUGAUGAGGUUCCACAAAAUGAGCACAUCUUCGAUAGAGACAACCGACCCACCCAACAAACUCACUGACCUGUGAGCAGCCAUGCAAUCCCUGCAUCACCUAUCGAGAGGUAACCCCUCUCUGGAUGUUGGACUGUUUUCUGACAUAGAUUAGAAAUAGGUGAACUUAACAACCGACAUGGCAUCAGACUGCGAGGGCUAUGACACAGCAGAGUUUGUAUUAAAUUCAGAUGAGGCUACACCUCUAGCUGAGAUCCACAGGACUCUUUAAGAGGAGGAAAACAGCCUCAGAUGACCUUUACAGAAGGACGCAGCUACAGCCCAGCCUUGAUGAUUUAGUAUCCAUCCAGCUGCCUUGCUGACAAGGUCGUACCAUGGCUGCUGCUGAUCCCCAUAGCAACUGUUCCCUGGUGGGACGAGGAGCCGACUGAGAGAUUCAACAAUGCAGCGUAACGGUGGUGGGGUCGGCGUCGGUGGCCAGCCAUGGGUGUUGCGGCGCGUGCGUCUCACGUGGCUCAGCUUCAUGCUCUUCUUCAUCCUGGUCUUCUUCCCACUCAUCGCUCAUUACUACCUCACUACAAUAGACGAAGCCGGGGGUCCUGACAAGCGCAUCUUCGGUCCGCGGCCCGGGGGUGAACUGUGCGAGGCCAAGCAUGUGCAGGACCUGUGCCGGAUCCGGGAGUCGGUCAGCGAGGAGCUGCUUCAGCUCGAAGCCAAGAGGCAAGAGCUCAACGGUGAAAUUGCCCGACUCAACCUGCGCAUAGAGGCCUGCAAGCGCAGCAUCGACAGCGCCAAGCAGGAUCUGCUGCAGCUUAAGAAUGUUAUCAGCCAGACAGAGCAUUCCUAUAAAGAACUGAUGGCACAGAACCAGCCCAAGCUAUCGCUGCCAGUCAGGUUGCUGCCAGACAAGGAGGACCCAGGACUGCCACCACCAAAGUCUGCACGCUCCUGCCGCCUUCGCUCCUGCUUCGACUAUGCGCGCUGCCCUCUUACAUCUGGAUUUCCCGUGUAUGUGUAUGAAACAAGUUCCUAUCCAUGGGGGGACUAUCUCGACCCCUUGGUAAAGCAGGCUUUUGCAGCAUCAGUUAAGAGCAACAUUUAUGUGACUGAUAACCCCAGCAUUGCCUGUCUGUAUUUGGUGCUGGUAGGGGAGCUACAGGAAUCUUCCUCUUCUCCUCUGCCACCUCCUUCAGAGCUGGAGAAACAACUAAAAGCUCUACCUUACUGGAGAUCAGAUGGACACAAUCAUGUACUGGUGCAUCUCUCGAGAAAGUCCCUGACACAGAACUUCCUGUAUAAUGUGAGCACAGGACGAGCAGCAGUUGCUCAGUCCACCUUUCUGGAGCAGCAAUACCGUGAGGGCUUUGACUUGGUGGUCUCCCCACUGGUUCAUGCACUCUCAGAGCCAAACUUUUUAGAAGUGCCACCUCAAGUUCCUGUGAAAAGGAAAUACCUCUUCACCUUCCAGGGAGAGAAGGUGGAGUCACUGAGAAGCAGCUUACAAGAGUCACCGCCUCAGUCUUUCGAGGAGGAAAUGGAAGGAGAUCCACCUGCUGACUAUGAUGACCGUAUUAUCGGCACCUUGAAGGCAGUGCAGGACAGCCACUUGGAUCAGGUGUUGGUGGAGUUCACCUGCAAAAACCCACGGCCAAGUUUGCCGACUGAGUGGGCUCUUUGUGGAGAGAGGGAGGAUCGGCUGGAGGUGCUCAAGGCUUCAACUUUUGCCUUGGUGAUUGCUCCAGGAGACGGACAGGUGGUGGCAUCAGCAGGCUGUGGGAUGAGACUCUUUGAAGCACUGGAGGUAGGGACAAUCCCAGUUGUGUUAGGGGACCACUCCAGACUACCUUACCACCAGUUUAUUCGAUGGAGUGAAGCUGCCAUCAUAGUCCCCAAGCCUCGUGUCACAGAGUUACACUUCCUGUUGCGCAGCCUAUCAGACAAUGACAUGUUAGCUAUGAGGCGGCAGGGCCGCUUUCUUUGGGAGACUUACUUCUCCACCUCAGAAAAUGUCCUUAACACCCUCUUAGCCAGCAUCAGAACCAGCAUCCAGGUUCCUGCUGCCCCCAUAAAAGAAGAGCCUGCUCAAGAGAUUCCUCACAAGGCAGGGAAGCUGGCAGGGACUGAUGCCAACCUGGCAGACAAUGGUGAUCUGGAUUUGGGUCCUGUUGAGACGGAGCCCCCUUACGCUUCUCCACGCUUUCUCCGCAACUUCACAUACACUGCGGCAGACACCUAUAGAGCAUGGAACAGGGCGCCUGGACCUUUCCAUUUGUUUCCUCACACUCCUCUGGACCCCGUGUUGCCCUCUGAGGCCAAAUUCCUUGGCUCAGGCACUGGUUUCAGGCCUAUUGGUGGAGGUACUGGGGGCUCAGGGAAGGAGUUUCAGGCAGCUCUGGGAGGGAACGUGCCGAGAGAACAAUUCACUGUGGUCAUGUUAACGUAUGAACGGGAGGAGGUGCUGAUGAACUCUCUGGAGAGGUUGAAUGGACUGCCAUAUCUCAACAAGGUGGUGGUGGUGUGGAACUCACCCAAGCCUCCUUCAGAUGACCUGCUGUGGCCGGACAUCGGCCUGCCAAUCGUGGUUGUCCGAACAGAAAAGAACAGUCUCAACAACCGCUUUCUGCCGUGGGACGCCAUAGAAACAGAGGCCAUACUGUCGAUAGAUGACGAUGCACAUCUCCGCCAUGAUGAGAUCAUGUUCGGGUUCAGAGUUUGGCGUGAGGCCAGAGAUCGCAUCGUGGGAUUUCCUGGGAGGUAUCACGCGUGGGAUGUCAACCAUCAGUCUUGGUUGUACAACUCCAACUACUCCUGUGAGCUCUCCAUGGUCCUGACGGGAGCUGCUUUCUUCCAUAAGUACUAUGCCUACCUGUACUCCUACGUGAUGCCCCAGGCCAUCAGGGACAUGGUGGACGAGUACAUAAACUGCGAGGACAUCGCCAUGAACUUCCUGGUCUCUCACAUCACACGCAAACCUCCCAUUAAGGUGACAUCCCGUUGGACUUUCCGCUGCCCUGGCUGCCCUCAGGCCCUCUCACACGAUGACUCUCAUUUCCACGAGCGCCACAAGUGCAUCAACUUCUUCGUCAAGGUGUACGGCUACAUGCCGCUGCUGUACACUCAGUUUCGUGUGGACUCUGUGCUUUUUAAGACUCGCCUACCCCACGACAAGACCAAGUGCUUCAAGUUCAUCUAGCAUCGUGCUGAGCAGCUCAGCAAAGAGCCCAAAGCAGGGUGGAGCGAAGAACUGGAGUUAUCUAAACGAACAGCAGCUCCUGCAGCGAGCGGAGAUGAAGAUGAAUGGCUGGACUGUCAGGUUAAAAGCACAGGAGUAAAGUUUUUAGGUUGAGAUUUUGCCUUGGAGGGGGAAAAAAAUGACAGGUAACUUUAAAAGCUGUUGGCAUGUGGUCUAAUCCACAACUCUGAAAAUUUUAAGAGUGGAAGCUGAAAGGAACCACUGCCAACAAAAUAAGCCUUUUCAGUGGAUGUCACUCCUCCUUUUUCGUGUUCUUCAAUCAUGCUCUUCAUCAACCACUACAGAUGUCAUUUGCACCUCUUGAUGCCCUGCUGAGGAAAGAGGGCACUUGUACACAGUGUACAGAAAGUCUAAUUGAACCCUACCUGACAAUGGAGAUAUCAGUUACUGAAUCACUGACAGACUGAUGGAAGGCUGCGAUCACGGCGGCCUGUUGACAGGUUCAGUGGGAGAGCUAAAGUGGCAAAGGCACAUGGCUGCCACCCCGCUUAGUUUUUUUUUUCUUUCAUUUUACAGUUUCAAACUGUACUUCUUGUACUUGAGAGAAGCACUGAUGGUCAGAAGUAUUUUAUUGAACUGUUUCUUUUUUAAAUAAUGUUAAAUGUGUAAAAAUCUCUUAUGUGAGACAAACAUUUUUCAGACUCUCUGCCUAUGGGAGAUCAGCAGCAGACUUUAUAGUCUGAGGAACAAACAGGACCUCAACUCAAACUUGUUCAGUAGUGUUUAGUAUUCAAGAAGGAAUUCACUUCAGCGGUCACCAUAAUGCCUCGAAUUUAUCAUGAAAACCAGCCACCGUUUUGUCAUCUAGUUACGCUUACAGAAACUGCACUCAUUGACGAGUGUAAAAAAUUGAAAUUUUUUAUGCUACAGGAUGCUAACUUAUCUUUGUAAAAAAAAAACUGAUCUGAGGUUGAAAUAGUUACAUUUAGAUGUAAAAAUGAUUAACCAAUCAAAGGUUGCAAUGUCCCUUAAUCACAUGCAGCAAAGUCAAGAACAACAGCUGCCAAAAUCAACAAAAAGUAGCUCUGGAUGUCUGAUUAAUGUUGUGAUUAUAAAGAAAAAUCUAGUUUAACGUGCUAUUAGAGUUAUGGUUAAAAGAAGGUUAGAUUUAAAGGGAAACGUUUGACAUUUUGAGAAGAGCUUGUGGACAAUACAUUAUAAUCUGUCAACUCUGAAUUAAAGCCAGACACACAUAAGUUAAGCUUAGCCUUGCUGAGUUUAUUUAGCAUUAAGACGGCGGAGAACCAUUCAGCCUGGCUCUGACUAAAGGUUACCAAAUCGGCCUACCAGCAAAUCAAUCUUGCACAUCAACACAUUUGUGCUUGAUGUCUCCAAUUAAAAAGAUGAGCGAAAAGGAGUUUUUCUGCUCAGCUUAGCUAAGCUUUGCUAAUGGUUGCAGGCUGUCAUGGUUGCAGAUUUGAGAGCACAAACAAUCUCAGAGAAAAUGAGCAUCUUUCCCAAUGUUUUUAAACUUCUCCUCAACAAAUUGCCAAUCCUGGCUUUGCAAUACAAGUGUUACACAUGUCCUGCCAUGUUCAUUUUCAACUCCAGUGUAGAACCUUCCAAGCUAAGACAGAAACGUCACUUUACGAUGUCGCCAUGUUGGUUUCACUUUGUUGUUUUUUUUAAAACUGUUGCUUGAUGAAUGUUUUCUUUGCCAAAUAGGUACGAUUUCUGCUGCUUUACAGUUUAAUUUGCAGAGUGCAAAGUGUGAAUGAAUGCUAAAGGGGUAGGGGGGGCAGUCUGGUUCACCGUUAUCCACUCUGCAUGGUACGUUACCAAGAGUCAAUCCAUCAUGUAUUAUAAAUCCAAAGUCUUUCAUUUGUCUUUGUCAGACUUAAUCUGAAAUCUGAAUAAAAAGAUUAACCCAUAAGAAUCCCUCAUAAAAAACAUUAAGGAAUUAGGUUCUAUGCGUGAGGAUGCUUUUAUGAAACAAAACUUCAAGUCAGUGGUUCCUGUAUAUUUAUUGAAUAUAAUAUCAAAAAAGGUUUUUUUUAAACUGAUGAUGACAUAAUUAAUAAAAUGACAAGAUGCUGAAGUUUAUUAUUCCUAAUCAUUUCUAAUAGGUCCCAGGUUGAUUAAGCUGUCAGCUCAUUUCAUUGCCAAGGAAAACUAGCUUGUGCUACUGAAUACAUGAGGAGGGGAACUUGCCUGACCUGAGAGCAGCCAAUCAGGUUCUUAUACUGAACUGAAACAGAAGACAGAAUGAGCUUCCACAUAAGUUAGUGGAUGCACAGUUUAGUGUUUUAAAGCCAAAUCUUUACCUGCUACAGGUGGAUGUUGUUGACUCAAGCCUCUCCAGUACAAUACACAAAUAAUUGACACAGCAUGUUUGGCUUUAAUUCCUUAUUACACUGGUCUUAAAUUUCAGUGCAGUUCAACAAAGCUAAAUUUGCACUUUUGUUUCUCCAAACUUGAAAAACUGGCUCAACUCCAAACCCCAUCAUGACAUCUGAACACUUUUAUUGGACCCCCAGGGACCUUAUAAUUACCUGACUGGCUCUAAACUGGUCCUCAGGGUGUAGAUGGGGUCGACUGUAUUUUUUUGAAGCUCUAACCUAUUAUUUCUCCAGUCCUGGGUUUCCCCCCUUCAAGGAUCUGUUCCACAGCUGGUUUUCCAUGGCCUGGAGCAGGAUUUCCCUGGAAGGCUGCUGUCAGUCACUCUUGUUAGGUGUAAGGAGCGGUAAAAGUAUGUGCCCCUGGGUCUGGGCGAGACUCCAGCCACUUGGAAGGGCUCCCUGCACUGUACCAGACUGAUGACAGCAUGAAACCUACCAUGAAGGGUAGAUACAUGGAAAUAAAAACUAUCCACAUUGUU